AUGGCCUGCCUCCACACCAGCUUCUGUGGCUUUCCCAGCUGCUCCACUGGUGGCCCCUGUGGCUCNNNGGGUGGCCAUGGAGGUUCAACCUGCCGUGUCAGGUGGUGCCGCCCAGACUGCCGGGUGGAGGGCACCUGCCUGCCCCCCUGCUGCGUGGUGACCUGCACACCCCCAACCUGCUGCCAGCUGCACCAUGCCCAGGCGUCCUGCUGCCGCCCAUCCUACUGUGGACAGUCGGCCUGCCGCCCAGCCUGCUGCUGCUACUGCUGUGAGCCCACCUGCUGA